GCCCCUACCAUGGCCGCCGCGGGCUGCCGGGUCUCGGGGCCCUGGAACGCCGGUGUGAGCGGUCCCCGCUGCUGGGCCGCCGGCUCCGGCGCAUGGGCCUCCUCCGGGGCGCGUGCGCUCGGGCCAUGGCGCGCCUGGGCGCGGUGCGCUCGCACUACUGCGCGCUGCUGCUGGCCGCGGCGCUGGCGGUGUGCGCCUUCUACUACCUGGGCUCGGGCCGGGAGACCUUCUCCAGCGCCACCAAGAGGCUGAAGGAGGCCCGCGCCGGGGCCGCCGCGCCUACGCCGCCGGUGCUGCUCGAGCUGGCCCGGGGCUCGGCGGCGCCGGCCUCGGGCGCCAAGGCCAAGAGCCUGGAGGGCGGCGCGGCGGUGCCGGUGGACUACCACCUGCUGAUGAUGUUCACCAAGGCGGAGCACAACGCGGCGCUGCAGGCCAAGGCCCGAGUGGCGCUGCGCUCGCUGCUGCGCCUCGCCAAGUUCGAGGCGCACGAGGUGCUUAACCUCCACUUCGUGAGCGAGGAGGCCAGCCGCGAGGUGGCCAAGGUCCUGCUGCGGGAGCUCCUGCCGCCCGCCGCCGGCUUCAAGUGCAAGGUCAUCUUCCAUGAUGUUGCUGUGCUGACAGACAAGCUCUUCCCCAUCGUGGAGGCCAUGCAGAAGCACUUCAGUGCUGGCUCGGGGACCUACUACAGCGACUCCAUCUUCUUCCUCUCAGUUGCCAUGCACCAGAUCAUGCCCAAAGAGAUCCUGCGGAUCAUUCAGCUGGACCUUGACCUGAAGUAUAAGACCAACAUCCGAGAGCUGUUCCAGGAGUUUGACAACUUCCUGCCGGGUGCCGUUAUCGGCAUAGCCAGAGAGAUGCAGCCCGUGUACAGGCACACAUUCUGGCAGUUCCGCCAUGAGAACCCCAAGACCAGAGUUGGGGACCCUCCACCUGAGGGGCUCCCUGGCUUCAACAGUGGAGUAAUGCUGCUGAACCUGGAGGCCAUGCGCCAGUCUCCGCUCUACAGCCAUCUGCUGGAGCCGGCGUGGGUACAGCAGCUUGCGGACAAGUACCGCUUCCGGGGCCACCUUGGGGACCAGGACUUCUUCACCAUGAUCGGCAUGGAGCACCCCGAGCUCUUCCACGUGCUGGACUGCACCUGGAACCGGCAGUUAUGCACCUGGUGGAGGGACCAUGGCUACAGCGAUGUCUUCCAGGCAUACUUCCACUGUGAGGGCCACGUCAAGAUCUACCAUGGGAACUGCAACACCCCCAUCCCGGAGGACUAGGCGCGGGCUCACCCACCCUGCCCGUGGCCCCCCGGGCCUGGGAGGAACUAGUGACUCUUCAAAGGUGCCCUUUGGGGUCCAGGUGCUGCAGGCCUCCCAGCUGGCCAGUCCCUGAGCAGUGGCCACCCAAAGACACUGAGCUGAGCACUGCUGGAGCUCAGGCUGUUUCCCUUCAGGGCACCGUGAAGGACAGACCCAGAUACCCUCCGUAGGUGGUUAAAGAUACGGAAGGACAAGAUCCCUUGUCCACAUGGAAUCAAAACCCCUUUGGAAAAAAACUGGCUUUUGCUAGGCCAAGUUAGUGUUGAGAUUGACAGGCUUCUGUUUUGUGAGAAGGAGCAGUGCUGCUCUAGAUCCCGGUGAGCACUGAAUGGGUGAGUCGGGGUCUUAACAAGCAGCUCACAGUCCCACAUCCUUCCCCAGGAGGCUUUGUUCCUUCUCUCCAGAGGUUCGCGCUGCUUGGGCAGGCUUCUCUUUAGGUAAGGCCUCCUGGGCCAGCUAGGAGGCACAUAAUCGUCCCCUUAUUAUAGUCCUCACGGCUCUUCUCUCCCCAGUAGACCCCAGAACCCAUUUUCCCUUGUCCGUCCACCUGCUCCCGGUGACCUGACUGUACUAAGGAAUCGAAUCUACCAUCAGCGAACAGAGAUUGGCUAUGCUGAGGCAUGCACUAGGAUUGUCCAGACUGGGGAGAUUCACUGCAGAGUAUAGUUCACUGAUGCAACUAGGUGGGCUUGGAAAGGGGUGGCCUGGGCUGUCGCUGGGGUCUCUGGCAUGGAAAACAAACCCAUACUUACCUAUGGCACCUACCCCUUCCUAGAAGAGUGCCCAUUUCUUUCCUUGUGCUUGGGAUGGGCUCUGUAACUCAGCUGCCCACGUGAAGCCGCCACAGGCCAUGCCCGUACAAUCCAGCUCAUGUCCUCGAGCAAGAAAUGUUAGCUCCUCAUUGUAUUUUCUUUCACCACGAGUGAGAACAGCUAAUAAAUAGUCUCCGAGAACACUUGGUUCAUGUUGGUUGUUCCCUGACCAGAGUCUCCAGGGGCCUGGGGCUCUGAAUGAAGACAGGACUCACUAUCAGCCAGAGCACCUAAAGGACCCACGGGAGGCCUGCAGGGUGGCAGAGGUGGUGUUGCUAUGUUUGGUUCUAAGUACAGACCCAUUUCGUUCUGGCCUUUGCUAGAUCCGUCUGCUGCUGGGGACGGAGCAGCCCUCCCCGUGUGCUGCUUCUUAGCCCAGACCUCACAGCUGCAUUCAUGCCUGGGGAGGCAGCGCACACUCCCUCACUAGCCCUCUGCUGGGGCCCAAUUCAUCUCUUCUCCUGGCUACUUGAUUUUCUAUUUAUAGCUUCUGGUUAUUAGAUGCCUGCUGUGUGCCAGGCAUCAUCUUGAGGACUUAUAUGUGCUCUGGAUAAUCAGGAAAACUUCAGCAAGUUCAUUCCAGUUCUAAAACUUACAUAUGAAAACAGAUGGACAGAGCCCUGUGCUGUGGAGGUUGCUGCAGCUCUUUAUUGUACAAAAAUGUUGGAAACAGCUUAAAAAUGGUGACUAGGGAAGUAGAUAAAUCAUGCAUAUGGCAACCACAUAAUGGAAUAUAUUAAGAUCAUUUUAAGGAAUAUUUAAUGUACCAGGAAAUACUUAACUCUAGUGAGUUAAGAAUACAAAAUAUAAGGUUGUAUGUAUGUCCUUUUAUUUUUUAAAUUACACAUAUGUGUGUAUCUAUAUGUAUUUAUGUACAAACGAACAUACAUGAAGUACGUAUGUAUGUAUGGAAAGGGAGAUUGAAAGAACAAGCCUAUUCUGUAUUUUGUUAGUUCAACUCCUCAAAGACCAUACUUCAAACACAUUAACAAAACAGUUAUCUCAAUGCGGGGAAGAAGUGGAUUAAAAGCCAGGGAGUUUUUUUAACUCACAAUAACAGCAGAAUUUUUCAUCAAUAAUUAAAGUGUUUCUAAAGCUACAAGUGUCUUCCGAUAUUGCAAGAAAAACAGUAAGCCAGAUACUCAGAGCACAGCAGCAUCACCCACUUACUCUGUGUGUGUGUGUGUGUGUGUGUGUGUGUGUGUGUGUGUG